AUGGACUAUGGGGAACUCUUGUGGCAACAAAAUGUGGAGAGCACCAUUUCGAGCGGAAAUCCCCCCGGGAAUAGAUGCGCGGAGGACGUGGUGUUACGGAAACUGCUGCUCCUAAACGAACAUAGUUACGAGUCUCGUCAGGGUGCGGCCUCUGUGUUUACAGAGAGACCCAAUGUAGAAUUGGGCAUUGGUGCUUGUGCCAGGUGGCAGAAAAGACGCCCGUAA